CUUUCCAACCGACACAGACCCCUCCCCCUUCCUCCAUUUCUUCCACGGAAAGGCCACCGUGAUGGUGGCUCGGCCCCCAACCGACGACACCCAGUCGCCGUCGCCGCCGCCGGUGGCCAACCGACGAGGGGAAGAGGAGGAAGAAGGUGGAACCACAAGGAGAAGACCUCGGUUCACCAUUCCCAUCCACAACAAACCCUAGGAACUCAUAUCCAACCCUCACACAGAUCCGAUCAACCCCCUUCCCGCCAUGCAUCUCGGCCAUUCCGGCAGCCGGCGGCGGCCAAAAAUCGGAAAGAAGAGGCCGAAACAGGGGUACCCUGUUUCGGACCCUUUUUCCAGCGAUCCGCCGGCCAAAAUCCCAUCCACACGACCCAAAAACCAAGCAAAUGAUACGCAAGGGAAAGAUCCACGCUUACCUCAGUCCGGCGGGGUGCUCCGGCGGCCUUUCCGGCGACGAAAUCGGAGAGGAAUCUGUGAGCAACUCGGAAAAAAAAAUCCUCUCUUGUGGAGGGUCUUCACGGAAGGAAAGAGGAAGGCUUGUCCCCCCCCCCGCGGCCGGCCGGAUCUCCCUCUCCGGCGCUCGGUCUCCUCCGGCGAGUCGCCUCCCACCGAACGCCGCCGCCGCCCCUCUCUCCCGUGCCCCCUUCUUCCACGAUCGUGCCCUAGGCACGAUCGUGAUAAGGGGGAUGGGCCCGGUCUUUUCGGGCCGGCCCAUCCGCCCCUUUCCUUUUUUUUUUUUAAUUUUGGGGGUUUUACAUGAUUACAUCCUGAUAUUGUACAGAAUGCGAGCAUGGAAUGUGCAGAGGCUUUUGAGAUACUAGUGAUUUGCAUCAAAGAGUGAAAUUGCUUUAUUUUUUAAUACUGAUUUUUUUUUUGCGUCUUAUUUUGUGGCAAGUCAUGGAUAUCCUCUGUUUUCUCCAACCUCUAUCCAAAACGCUUCAGCAUUAUAACUUUGCCUGGUACCAUUUUGUUCUAGUUGCAUUUUGAUCAACCCCUACUCUCAUCUAAACUUUUUAUACAUGUCAUUUUGUAAUAAUUCUCUUUUAGCAAAUUGUAGAAAGAAAAGUGUCAUUUUCUUCAGUAGUAGAGUAAUUAUAUGUAGGAUUCUUGUUUAGUCAAAUCUUUCCACUACUGUCACGAGUCAAAACAAUACCACACUCUUAUACUAAAUUAUAGAUUAAUAGCCUGAUUCACAAAAACAAUGUAAACCACUUGUUAAUGAUUUGAACUAAGCGAACUAGUGAAUUAUGCAACCAUGAUUCAUCUUCUAGUUAAAAAAGAUCAUCUCAAAAGACUUAUAGAUCUUUCCAGAGAAUUCUAGUAAUAAUUUUUUUAUCAUAUAAUUGAUGAUUCUAUACUAUGCAAUCUUAUCCACUUAGGUGCACGUAUUAUUUUUUCUACCCUGCAAACCCGAGGUAUUAUUCCAAGAUCAUACUUAUACUCAGUGACCAUUCUUGCCCUAAAUCAGGUAUCAUCAAAAUCCUUCCCUAUUAUCUUUGUUCUAUUCUUUUCAUUUCUUUUUCCUUUUUUUUAUUCCCUUGGUUAUUCUUUUCUUGUGCAAAUCUCUUUGCUCUAUUCUACUUUCAAGGUAGCCAACAUUAUUAACUUCCAAAGCUAACUCAUGUCCCAGACAAAAAUUAUACCCCAUGAGAACCUGAAUAAUUUGACGUGGGACAUCUUACCAUUGCCUGUAAAGAUGCCAUGUCUAAUCCCACUUCCCAGUGCACGCUAAGGACAAACUCCAACACCAAGCAUAUAUUCCCAACACCCUUCUCCCUUAAGCUAACCUCUCCCUUAAGCCAACACUGUCCACCAACUCUCUCUCUUUCUCUAGUCCCUAGCUAAAGUACCAAGUCCUAAAACUCUCUCUUAUCUCUCUAUAAAGCCCAUGACAUGAACUACUAGUAGUUUCAUCCACACAACAACCUCAAAGUAUCAAGCGUCUCUCUCUCUCUCUCUCUCUCUCUCUUGUUUGAAACUCAAUUUAUUUAUCUAACCAAAGAAUUUGCCAUGAAAUACGGUGAAAUCACCCACUUCAGCCACCCCCAGCACAAGCUCCGGUUCGAGUACGCCGAGGUCCCGUUCAAGUGCGACGGCUGCAAGGAGGCCGGCAUCGGCUCCCGCUUUAAAUGCGGCCUCUGCGACUUCGACCUGCACAAGCAGUGCGCCCUUGCGGCCCCCUCCUCGAUCCUCCGCCACCCCUUCUACCCGAAAUGCGCCUUCUACCUCCUCCCCCGCCCUCCCGGCAAUGCCCCCCGGUUCUGCAAUGCAUGCGAGCGUGACGUCGCCGGCCUCGUCUACCACUGCCACUCCUGCGGCUUCGACCUCCACCCCUGCUGCGCCGCCCUCCCCCACGUCCUCGACGCCGGUGGAGACGGCGGCGGGGGGGAGCUCCGGCUCUUCCUCCAUCGGAAGGUGGCAGCGCCGUGCCACCGGUGCGGCCGCAAGGGGCGGAGCUGGAGUUAUACGAGUGCGUGCAAGCAGUACAAUCUCCACGUGGCGUGCGUGAUGGAAAUUUUGGUGGACAGCUGGCAUGAGAUCUACUACGGCGGCCGCGGCGGCGGGAAGCGGGGAUUGGUGGGGAUAAAUGGGAUGAAUAGGAUUCCGAGCAUAAGGGGGGUGGGGAAGAGCCACCACCGGGUCGGGAAGGGCAAGAUGAAACGCUGCUGCGAGCUGGCGGCGAUGGCGGUGCAGUUCAUCAUCUCCGCCGUGCUUGGAGAUCCGACGGCUAUCAUUGCUGGGGUGGUGGGGUCCUUUAUAUCCAGGUGAAGAUGGCUUGAUGGAUGUACAGCUGGACUUUGAGUAGUGAACGGGUGUUAAAAUCUAAAUCUAGCAAGCUGUUCUGGAACACCUUUUGAUGUUUGGGUUUUGUAAUACUGAUGGAAGGUUCAGAUCAAGUAUGCGUUUUGCGUUUGUACCAGCGGACUCCACCCGAGAAGUUGAUUGUUUGGUGAAGUCAUCCAUGGUCGAUGGAGGAUUUGUUGCGC